UGGGCGCCUCUCUUCUUCUUCUUCUUCUUCUUUGUCUUUUCUUCCAAACGUAUUAUGACAAGCUCGGGAAAAGAGCUCCAGAGGUCUUGGAGAAGCUUCCAGGAUGGCUAGAUGGGAUGGUGUCUCGGCCAUGGAGCAGGGGCUGUUCCCUAAGCUGCAAUUCCCCUAGGCCGGGCAGGGGCCACGGGGACGUCUGGCUGGCCCUUGGGCUCGGAAUAAGUACCCAGCGUGGGCCAGAAGGGCUGAAGAGGGCUGCCCAUGCCGACCGUUUGCGAAGUGGGGAAGCAGUACCCAGAGCCGCCGUACCCGGACAGACCCCUUCCAAUGUCCCAGCAUGAGACUUCUCCGGCUGCACUGCGGAGGGCCAGCAACCACCGACGGGCCAACCCCUGCUGCUUGUGCUGGUGCUGCUGUUGCAGCUGCUCCUGGAAUGAAGACCGGGAAAGGGCGUGGAGAGCAUCUCGCGAAACGAAAUUGGAGACCAUUCCAAACUGUGAAUCCUGCACCAAACCCACCACCGAAGAAGUCAAGGUCUGGUCUCAGUCGUUUGACAAGUUGAUGAAAAACCCAGCUGGCAGGAACGUGUUCCGGGAAUUCUUACGGACUGAAUACAGCGAGGAAAAUAUGCUCUUUUGGUUAGCCUGCGAGGAGCUCAAAAGCGAAUGCAACAAGCGUGCCAUCGAUGAGAAAGCGCGGAUGAUCUAUGAAGAUUAUAUCUCCAUCCUUUCUCCCAAGGAGGUCAGUUUGGACUCCCGUGUCCGCGAAGGCAUCAACCGCAAGAUGCAGGAGCCCUCCUCGCACACCUUCGAUGAUGCGCAGCUACAGAUCUACACGCUUAUGCACAGAGACUCCUAUCCACGUUUCCUGAACUCUGCCAUAUACAAAGCUCUGAUCCAGAGUGUCUCUCGGUCUUCUUCGGAGUCUUAAGCCCUUCUCUACCAUUGAUAAGAGACACCAAGUGAAGGGUUUCCUUCCCUACAAACAGGUGUUAUUGGUUCUCCCCCCACCCCACCCCACCCCUCUUCUUCUUUAAAAAAAAAAUGAGCUUACAAGAACAAAAUAGACUGAUGACAUAACCCAGCUGAGUUCUGACCACAGACAAUAGUCCAGUCGUUGGAAAGGUCACUCCAAAACUUCCUGCCCGUUUUUCUCUUCCGUCAAAAAAAGGGCCCGUGCCAGCCGACAUUAAGGACUCCAAACUCAGGCUACUACUUCCAUUACAGAAUCUGGGUUGCCCCCCCCCCCAGCUUAGAGAUGGAGAAUGCAGAACGGAGCAACCAACCAGCAACGGAUUGGGAGGUUAGACCUCUGGGGCCACAUGGCAGAAGAAAGCAGGCCAAAGCUCCACAUCUCUCUCUCUCUCUCUCUCUCUCUCUCUCUCGGAUUUGUGUUUUAUUUGUUUUUUUAAAAUUCCUUCCAUGUUUACUAAGAAUUAUUUCCUUGGUGUUCUUGUAGACACAAUGAUCUCAGAUGGCUGGAGUGGAAACGGCGGUUAGGCCAAUGUUAAUGGAAUUAAGAAAAGUUCAGAUGUUAUAAAAAAAGUGCGUUCA